AUGCUUCUAGUAUUACAAAGUGCAAAUAGUUUUUUACACUCAAUUUAUGAAGAAUUUAAUAAUAAAAAGAUUUCAUUAGCUAAUACAAAGUGGAUCUGUGAUGAUUACAUUACUCAUCCAACCUAAGUAUUCACCUGUAGUAAAGGAAUGGAUUUAGUAAUAUUAGAAUAAAAAAGUUUAACAUGCCAUAAAAUUGUGAAUAAGAUUGACACAACUUGGCCUCACUUUAGGAUCUAAUUGUAUGUUGACGUUUAUAGUUAUAAUACUAUUGAUGGAAAUGACUAUUUUUGGGUAGGCAUUUCGGAAAUUUUUUUAUCAGAAUCCUUGUGUAUAUCACCUUAUAAUCCUUUUUGUGAAAAAAUUAGAUAAUUAAAACAGUGUUCUUCAUAUAAUUAAAUCUCGUUAAUUCGUAAAUCAUACUUUAAAGAAGUUGGCCAUUCUUAGCAAUAAGUGAGUCUUGAAAUACGAAGUGAAGCUGAUUAAUCAUUUGAUGAUGAAUCCUAUUUAUUUAGAAAUGUCUAAAUAAUUUUAGAUAGAUGUUACAAAACUUGUAAGACUUGUUCAGGUGAAGGAAAGGAAUAGUGCUUAUCUUGUUACGAUGACAUUGUUUUGAGUUCUAAUAAUUCAUGUGAUUCUUGUAAGAAUAAAAUGGUUGAUAAUUUCCUACAAAUUCCAGAUGGAUGUAGAAAUAAAUGUAAUAAUAAUUAUGACUAUGAUGAAGAUUAAGUAUGUUUUGAAGAUAUAAGUAAUAAAUAUUAAUAUUUCUUAGAUCUUUAAGUUAAAUGUGAAGUUGAUUGUGAAUUAUGUACUAAUACAUAAAGAUGUUUAAUUUGUAAAACAUAAAAAUAUCUCUAUUUUGGGUAAUGUAUAGAUCAAUGUCCAAAAUACACAAUAGUAUAUGGAACUAAUUGCUUAAGUGAUAUUGAUAUUCUUUUAAAGAAUAAAAAUUUAAGAAUUACUGAAUUAGUCAGAGAAUUUCAUGAUCUAUCAACAACAAAAAGAUCUAUAAAUGCAAUAUUUUAAAUUACUUCAACAAAUAAUCAACAUAGUUUCUAAAAAGGUAAUGAUAUUUAUUAUAGCUAUUUUUCAAAUAAAAGGAUAUUUGGAGGACCAUUAGUUUGGGUUAAUGCAAUUUUUAAAUUUACUAAAAGUUGGAAUUAAGAAUUCUAAUAUAUUAAAAUAUUUUUUGAAGUUAUUUUAGGGGAUAUUGAAUUAGAUAAAAAUAUAUUUACUUAUAAAAUAAAUGAUUAAUAAUAGGAAACCAUAACUUUAAAUUCAACUUUCUAAGGAAAUAAUCCAAAUAUAGAAGAUCAAAUAUGGCCUAAUGAUUAUAAAUUCAAUAUAUAUAAAGUAGAAAAAUCAAUAAAUAACUUAAUAUCAACAAAUAAGUAAUUAACUAUGGAGAUUAUGUGUUAAAAUAUUAAUGAACUUGGAUUUUGUGGAAUUUAGAAUAUGGUUGUAAUUGGAUUUUCUAAUUGUGAACCUGAAUAUAAUUUUGGCUUGUUUAAUUAUGAGACUGGAAGGAAUCCUUGCAUACCAAUUUGUGGUGAUAAAAUAAUAGUUGGAGAUGAGGAAUGUGAUGAUGGUAAUAAUGAUCCUUUUGAUGGAUGUUUUAAUUGUAGAUACCAAUGUGAAGAGCAUUGUUCUGAUUGUUUAUAUGGUUAAUGCAUUGGAUUGUAGUGUAGUAAUGGGUAUUAUUUUAACUCUUAUAGCAAUUUAUGUGAGACUGUUUGUGGAGAUUCUAUCAAUUAAGGUAAUGAAUAAUGUGAUGAUGGUAACUCAGAACUAUGAUGGAUGCUCUAAUUGUUAAUUGAUUUAAUAUGAUAAAUGUGAUUUAGAACUCGAUAUUUAAAAUUAUCAUUGUGCUGUCUGUCAUUAUGGUAAAUGCAUAAAAUGCAAUGAAGGAUUAUUAUUGGAUGGCGAUAUUUGUGUUUCAAUUUGUGGAGAUGGUCUACUUAAUCUAUUAGAUGAAGAAUGUGAUGUUUAAAGAGGAGAUGGAUGCAUUGAUUGCAAAAUAUAAGAUGGUUAUGUUUGUGGAAAAUAAAACUAUUCAAUUUGCAAGACAUGUGAUAUAGAGUGUACUUAAUGCUUUAGUUUAGAUAAGAUCAAUUUAAUUUGUUAAGCAUGCAUUGAUGGUUACUAUCCUGUGGAAGAUAAAUGUUAAUUAUGUGAUUUAAAUUGUAUUACUUGCAAAUAGCAAUCAAAUUUAUGUACAUCCUGUUAUAGACCUGAUUGUGAAUAUUGUGAAUCAAUACCUGGUCUAUUUGGAGACAAAAUAACUAAGAAAUGUAAUUCUAUUUGUGGAGAUGGAAUUCUUGUUGAAUCCUAUGAGUAGUGUGAUGAUUAUAAUCUAAAUGAUGGAGAUGGCUGCGAUUCUCAAUGUAAUCUAGAGUACUCAGAUAACAGUAUUAAUUAAAUAAAGUAUUAUUAAUCUUUAGCAAAUAAUACGUAUGAUUUAAAACUAAUUACUCAAUAACCAUUUUAAUUUUAAUGCAACAUUGUUAAUAUAACCAUAGAAAAUAUGGAUUCUUAGGAUUAUCACUAUAAUUGCACAUAAGUCGACACCUUAACUUGUAGAUUAUAAUUUGAUUUCAAGAAAUCCAUCUAUAAAUUCAAUAUAAUUCAUGUAAAAUUAGGUUUGACAAAUUCUAUAAUUAGAUUACUUUUGGAAAAUGAGAAAAGUAUUCAAUUUGAUAUAACACCAAACGAGUUAAUUAUUUUAACCUAAGAUUAAACAAAAUAAUCAGAAUAGAUAAAAGGUGCUCAAUAAUCUUUUAAUUUUGUAUUUCUAAUAAUGAUACCUAUAUCGAUUAUUUUCAACCUUUUUAAUUACUUAUGGGCAGUUCUAGAAAUAUUAAGUUGGAUCAAUAAUUUCUAUUUUCUAAAUGUUGAAUAUCCUUUUAAUGUAGAAAUAUUCUUUUUAAAUAGUGAUUGGUCAAAUCUCAUAAGUUUUCCAACUUAUUAAGGAUUGA